GCUUAUAACCUAUACAAGAGUGAAUAUUGUUUACUUCAAAGAGAUAAACAAGAAUUAGCUUUGUAUAAUAACAUGGCACGAAUAACUGCUGCACUUGCUGUGAUUGCCUUGUUUGCUGUAUUUCCGAGCAUGGAGGCAACGCAGUAUGUUGUUGGUGAUGACCGGGGUUGGAGUUCUAAUGUUGAUUACUACUCUUGGAUUGCUGACAAAACUUUUCAUGUUGGAGAUUCUUUAGUUUUCAUUUAUCCAACUAUGUCGCGUCACAAUGUGCUGGUAGCAGCUAAUUCUGAUGCGUACGAUAAUUGUGAUGCUGCUCCAAACUAUGGGAUCUGGACAAGUGGCAGCGAUGUCUUUACCUUGCCCACCACGGGUACCUAUUAUUUCACAUGUGAAUAUGAUUGUGACUUCGGGCAGAAGAUUAAGGUAGAAGUGAAUAGUUGAUUAUAUGUACUAUACUAGUGUGUAUCACUUCCUUUCCUGAGUGUUUUUUUUUUUUUUUUGAAAGAGGGCUAGUACGGCUGCCCUUAAGCUUUAAUCAUUAAUAAAACUGCAGAAUACAUGAGGGGAAUAUGAAAUCUGAACCCCAAAUUACAAUAGGCAUAGAGAGAAUAUCUCGAGAUAAUAACGAGAGUCUCAAUAAAAACUAUGUAUUUUAACAUGCACCAAUUAGCGAAGACUGCACAAUGGGCUACUC